AUGGUUGUUAAACUAACAUUAGACGAAGUUUUGAAAAAGGAAACCUUCCUGUUCGAUGCGGAUGGUGUUUUAUGGACUGGGGAUAAACCUAUAGCAGGUGCUGUGGAAUUCAUCUCUUCUCUUCUUGCGCAAGGAAAACGCGUAUUCAUCCUGACCAACAAUUCCACAAAGACUAUCGACCAUUAUAUGAAAAAACUCGAACGACUUGGAUUCCCUGAAUUACCUAAAGAGAAUGUUAUCAGCCCUGCCAUCGUUAUAUCUGCCUAUCUUGCCGAAAACAAAGAAUAUGAAAACCGCGAAGUCUAUUUAUUAGGAACCGACAGCCUCCGAUCGAUCAUCGAAAGUGAGAGCACUGUGAAAUGUAUUGGAACAGGCCCAGAUGCCAUCACCGACUACACAGAUGAGGAUAUUCUGCACCAUCUUGACUUGCAUGCAAACCCCAAAGCUGUGAUUUGUAGCUUCGAUUCACAUUUCUCCUAUCCUAAAGUGAUGAAGGCAGCUAACUACUUAAAUCGACCUGAAGUACAGUUCCUGAUUACGAACGAAGACUACACUUUCCCUGGUCCUGACCCAAAUAUUGUUAUCCCUGGAUCUGGAACAACUUCAGCUUGCAUUCGUGCUGUUACUAAUAAGGAACCAAUUGUAUUUGGUAAACCCCACAAAGCUUUAGCUGACUUCUUGAAGAGAAGACAUCACAUCGAUUCUGCGUCUACUAUUAUGUUCGGCGAUCGUCUAGAUACGGAUAUUGCUUUUGCCAAUAAUAAUGAUAUCGAUAGUGUUCUAGUUCUAACUGGUAUUCAUUCCCUUGCCGAUGCCAAAAAUGCCGAAGAAUCGGGAAAAGCUAAUCUUGUCCCCAAAUUUACUUUUUCGCUUUCGACUUCUGUCGUAGUGAGGAAACAUGGGGAAUCAACCGAACAACCAAAAGCUCAGGGGUGGUUCAGCAAAAUCUUGACUGGACAGCAAAUGGAUCCCUCCGGAUGGCAAAAACAAAGUCACUCAAGUUUGUUGAGUACUUCUGAAGCUAUUUAUGAAAUUUCCACUCACAAUUAUAAGCCAGGGGAGAGGGAGAACUAUUUGCAAAGGUUCGGAAACUUGAAAGUUGAACUUUCUGAGAAGAUUCCUUCUGUUGAAUUGGUCGGAUCGUGGACUGUUAACUAUGGUAGAACUAGAGACCAAGCCAUCCAUUUGUGGCGUUAUCGCAAAGGAUACACUGAUGUUGAUAGUAUUGUCAAAGUGAGUGGUUCUGAUGCGGGAAUCAUGGCAGCUGAUAAUGAUGUUGGAAAGCUUUGCGGUCGCAGAAAGAGUAUCUUGGUUAAAUCGUUCAGCUACUGGAGAGAACCUGAGCAACGUCCUGCUAGUCAUGUUUACGAUAUGCGUAGUUAUUGCCUGCAGCCAGGGUCCAUGAUUGAAUGGGCGAAUGCUUGGGCCAAGGGCAUAACUUUCCGUCGUGAACAGAAUCAAGACGUUGGAGGAUUCUUUGCUCAAAUUGGUCAACUCUAUGUUGUUUAUCAUUUUUGGGCUUAUCCCUCAAUGUCUGCAAGACAUGACACUCGAACACAAACUUGGGCUAAGCCUGGUUGGGACGCUACUGUAGCUUACACCGUUCCUUUGAUUAAAAAAAUGCAAUCUAAGAUCCUAACACCAACUAAGUAUUCUCAGCUUCAGUAA